GGCCCAAUCACCCCCUCAUCCCAAAAUCCUCCUCUUCACCCCGUCCGACCCAAAGCCCCAGCGCCGCCGAAACCCCCGCGCCUCUCUGUCUCACCGAAGAACGCCUGUCACCUAGAAGCCCUUCCACUGGACUGGGCGUGGAGUGGAGAUCCACCGGGGCGCGAUUCCUUCCUUCGGAUCCAUCUCGGUUUCUCUACCUGCGGAGCAAGAGUUGGGUACUUCACUAGGUGAAAGAUGGGUAUCCUUGAGAGGAUCAAGGAGAUUGAGGCCGAGAUGGCUCGGACGCAGAAAAAUAAAGCAACAGAAUAUCAUCUUGGACAACUGAAAGCAAAAAUUGCAAAGUUGAGGACACAAUUAUUGGAGCCUCCAAAGGGCGCAAGCGCAGGAGGAGAAGGUUUUGAAGUCACAAAGUUCGGGCAUGGUCGUGUUGCACUUAUAGGGUUUCCCAGUGUUGGUAAAUCAACCCUUUUAACUAUGCUCACUGGGACACACUCUGAAGCUGCAUCAUAUGAGUUCACAACCCUCACUUGCAUUCCUGGUAUUAUCAAUUACAAUGAUACCAAAAUCCAGCUUCUUGAUCUUCCUGGUAUCAUUGAAGGAGCCUCUGAAGGCAAGGGGCGUGGUAGGCAGGUUAUCGCGGUCGCCAAGUCAUCAGAUCUUGUGCUGAUGGUUCUGGACGCCUCAAAAAGUGAAGGACAUCGCCAAAUUUUGACUAGAGAACUGGAAGCUGUUGGACUCCGUCUUAACAAAAGGCCUCCUCAGAUAUACUUUAAGAGGAAGAAGACUGGGGGGAUUUCUUUCAACAGCACAGCACCUUUAACUCAUAUUGAUGAGAAGCUCUGCUAUCAGAUACUGCACGAGUACAAAAUUCAUAAUGCAGAGGUGUUAUUUCGCGAAGAUGCUACUGUGGAUGAUCUCAUUGAUGUCAUUGAAGGAAAUCGGAAGUACAUUAAGUGUGUUUAUGUAUAUAACAAGAUCGAUGUUGUUGGUAUCGAUGAUGUGGAUAAUCUUGCUCGGCAACCAAAUUCACUUGUGAUUAGCUGCAAUUUGGAGUUGAACUUGGACAGGCUGUUAGCAAGAAUGUGGGAGGAAAUGGGUCUAGUGAGAGUGUAUACAAAGCCGCAGGGCCAACAGCCUGAUUUUGGAGAUCCAGUUGUUCUUUCUACUGAUAGAGGUGGCUGCACGGUUGAAGACUUCUGCAAUCAUAUCCAUAGGAGCUUGCUUAAGGAUGUAAAAUAUGUGCUUGUGUGGGGAACCAGCGCAAGACAUUAUCCGCAGCAUUGUGGCCUUGGGCAUGGUCUUCAAGACGAGGAUGUGGUCCAAAUCGUGAAGAAGAAGGAGAAGGAGGAGGGCGGACGAGGCCGUUUCAAGUCACACACCAAUGCACCUGAUCGGAUAUCUGACAGGGUGAAGAAAGCUCCUCUGAAAACAUGAUCUGAUCGUUGAGCUUGACCUGUGGCUUCUCCCAAUGGACCGAACAACCUGCGAACCAGUUGAGCCGGAUGCUACUUCGCGCAGCCCUAAUUUUUGCGGCAGAAAAGGGCCAUAUUUGAGUACUCACCUAGCUAUCCAACUUCCAUCUCUGCACAAUUUUACGAAAAUUGCUGCCUUUAUUCAGAUAGUAUAUGUACUCUCCUGCCAUGUAUUAGGCUUGUGUUGCCGUACAAGUGCUUUUGCCAGGAACCUUUGCGAAGGAGUUACCUACCUGUUGUUGCUAUUAUACCUGUGUUUGGAACAUGCGAAGGAACCCUAUUAUUAGUAACAUUUUACUGCUAUCUUGAUUGAGAAAA